CCGCCAACGUGAACGCCAUUUCGUACAAGGAUAACAUUUGUAUUACCGGUCGCGUGUAUGGUGUUUCCGCGGUAUUUUUGAAAAUAACCGAAUCCCCGUCUAAUACUGCUAGUCGACCGCGUACUCUUGACGGGCCCACAAUGAGAGGGUAUUGAUCGUCUGUAUACUUUGAAACGCUCUAUAAAAUAAAAUAAAUAAGAAAACAACGACUUCCGCUGUAAAAAGCCGGGGACAAUACGUGGCCAUAUCAGACAGCAUGCUCGGGCAGCCACUUCGGGCGCUGAUUUUCCUGUUGCUGGUGUACCAGAAUGACGGUUACGUCACGUACAGAAGGGCGAAAAGCCAAAAACAGAACAUCAGGAGUUACCCGGACGAGGCGAGCAAGGACAUUAACAUAUGCACGUUAGAACAGAAGAACACUAUCAAUCUGUUUUGCUACUGCGACGAGCCUACGUUUCAGCUGGCCACGAUGGCCGACUGUUGGACGUUCAACAACGGCGAACCGCGCGAAGCGUCCAUUUGGCGCGAGUUCAAGUCGCAGACGAACUUGACCAAACUCACUUUCAACGUCCGCGGUUCGACCGCCCAGACCCUGUCGUUCGUGCCCACCGAAGCCCUGGCCCAGUUGCCGGAGCUGAGAACGCUGGAAAUCGUCUACGCACACAUCAAGACGGUACACUCGCACGCGUUCGCCAACCUGUCCCGCCUGCAAGACUUGGCCCUGGGACGCAACCAAAUCGAAACGCUGUCCAGGGAGUCCAUCGCCCAUUUGGACGACCUGCGAGUGGUCACGCUCGGCGACAACUACAUUAACUUCAUCAACAACGACGUGUUCGCCGGGUUGCCGGUGUUGCGCAAGCUCUACAUGGACCGGAACAACAUAAGUUACAUAGCGGAAGGGGCGUUCGAGCAGCUCAACAAACUCGAGGAGCUGGACCUGUCGGAGAACCUUCUGACCGGCUCGUUGUCGCGUUACGUGUUCCUCGGUUUGAUGUCGUUGAAGAGACUGGACAUGCGAGCCAACCGCCUCGAGCGCAUCGGUCCCGAGGCGUUUGCCGAGCUGGUCAGCCUGGAGGAACUGGUCUUGGAGGACAACACCAUAAGGUCGAUCGACGGUAAAGGAUUCUCGGGGCUGCCCAACUUGGUGCGGUUGACCAUUGCGGCCAACAGGUUGAAAAUGCUCGACGACCGCACCUUUCAUCAUCUGGAAAAACUCAGGUUCCUCGACAUGAGGUACAACAAUCUUCAGACCCUGACCUACGCCACCGUGGAACCCGUUAUGGACAGAUUUCCCAACAUGACAGUCUACAUUCAUUUGCAAGCAGGUAACGUGUUCGAGUGCGACUGCAAUCUGUUGUGGAUGAAACGUGUGGCGGCCGACACGAGCAACGAGCAGCUAAGCCGUGAACUGAUGGACGCCAAAUGCUCGAUCAACGAUACCGACGGUCCGGCCGCGGCUACUGGACGCCAGACGGCGGUGUCCGGCGGCGGCCCCGACAAGGUGGGCAGCCGCCGCGACGACAACAAACUGGACGGCGGCGGCAGCGACACGGACGACCGCAAGGAGACGGGCGGCUACGGCAGCAAGGGCGGCGACCGCAAAACGGUGGACGUCGACGGCGGCGAGGAACACGGUGGCCGGCUGCCGCCGCCGUUGGACGAAUCGCAAAUGGUCAGCGUGACCGACUUGGACGAGAACACUUGUCCGGGCAAGGAACAGGCCGUCGUGGACGGCACGCCGGACGCCGCGCAGAACUCGGACCGCGUGCUGUGGGAAAGCAAGUCGGCCGCUGCCGCUCCGGGCCCUUCUGUGGCUUUUGCACUGCUGCUGAUGCCCUUGCCGUGGGCCACCGCCGUCCUUUUCCGCAGACGCCCUUAGGCGUGCCAUUUACAACGUCGUUUUUAUUUACAGUCACACACACACACAUACUCGGCCGGCGUACACUCCCCUUUUAAUUUCGACCCACUCACACCGCCGUGUAGCUUUUGUUUUCAUCGGCAUGUACUCAUAAUAUAAUAAUGAUAAUAGCAAAAUACAAACAAUGUGUGAUGUGUAAACGCUUCAUAACGAAUCGAUGUCGUUAAAAAGGUUGUAAGAGCAUCUAUAAAAUAAAAAAAGUAUGAAUUUUUGAAAAAUUUAAAUCUCGGUGCAAAAGCCUAUUAUUUAUUUUAUUUUAUCUAACGGAUUCUGUCGAACAUUGUGGAACUUAACUUGUACAUUAACGAUAUUUGUGUGGAUUUUCGAAACGUCUUGUAAAAUAUGAUUUGGCGCGAUAGAUAUAUACGAGAUAUACCUACUAUAAUCGCAUGUAAAAGUAUGCAAAACCCCGUCACGACGCUUCGGAUGAAAUAAUAUAAUUACACAAAUACAACACUUUCUGUAGACAACAUUGUACACUGUACGUUAAAAACAUUUAUUAUAGUCGAUACGUUCUUUAUGAAUUUCACCUAUCCGAAAAUAGAUUCGGCCAAAAUUGAUUAUAACGCUAUGUACAUACGGCUUAUUAAUGAAAUACUUCUUACCUAAAUAGCAGUAAAAUAGUAUGUCUUUCGCACUAUACAUUCCUACUAAAUUAGUAAAAAAAACUUAAGUAGUAUUAAAAAAGCUACUAUUAUUUUUUUUUUCCUUAAACUAUUUCCAAGAGUCAUUAAGUACAUUAAAUUAGCGACGCACACUUCAAUCUAACCGAGAACAUAAAUCUGAAUUUUAAGAAUUUAUCGCCCACCCGUCUACUUAUACAUAAAUUUAGUACUUGUAGAUGAUCAUUUUUUAUUUUUUGUGCGACGCUAGUUGAAGCACGCCUAUACCAAAAAAAUAUCGUUAUAUUAUAUAUUAUUAUUAAUGUAUUUUAAAGAUGUUUAUUUGUGUGACAGACCACUAGCUGUCGUGGACUUUAAACGCAUUAUUAUUAUUAAAUACUAAUGUUGUGGUCGUAUAUUAUGUAUAAUAUCUUCUUCUUAUUCUAAGGACUAUCUUUUUUUUUUUAGUAAUUAAAACCCAAAUUAUAUUUAAAUAAAUAUAAAGAUUAUUAUUAAAAAAUAUAAUCUUAAGAUUUGUUUGUGAAAUUUUAUAAUACAUUUAUUAUGUAUAUUGUAUGAGCACAAAAUAUGAUGAUAAAAACAAGAAACGACAGACUACGGCCCGGCGUCAAUAAUAUAAUGUAAUACACAUAACUAAUAAAAUUCUAGUAUUGUACUCCUUACAUUUUACUUUUAUCAUUG